AUGGAUCCACAGUCAGAUACUCAUGUGAGCGAAAACGGGGAGUUGGGUGGUUUAAGUGAAGUUCGCAACGGCAGCGUUUCUGGUAGGAUAGAAGCUUUUAAUUGUCUUGCUGGAGGGAAUAACAACUCUGAUGUCCUCCAAUCAAAGCGUGGUCAUUAUGGAGAUGUCCCUCCUUCUAAGAUUACUGAGCUAAUGAAACUGGGUAAUUUGGAGAAUGCCUCUACACACUCACUUUUUGGCGUUGUCAAUAAAGUUCUGAAUGAAAGUAUUGAGAGAAAUGGGGACAUAACUCUGCGUGUCGCAUCUGUGCUGAAAUUGGUCGUGCAAGAAAUUGAGCAGCGGGUUUCAAAACAUGCAGACAAUAUGAGGAAGCAAAGCAAUCUGUACAAGUCGCGUGAAGACAGGUAUCAUACAAAGAUCAGAGCAUUAGAAACUCUUGCAACUGGAACUAGUGAAGAAAAUGAGGUCGUCAUGAACCAGCUUCAACAGAUGAAGGCUGAGAAGAGUAAAAUUGAGGAGGAGAAGAAGCUUGAGCAACAGAAUUUAAUUAAAAUGAGGAUCGAAAAGGACAGCUGUGUGAGUCAAAUUUUGUCGCUUAAUGAAGAGCUCGUGUUAGCCAAAAAGUCGUUUGAGGAGGAUCUUCUUCAGUUGGAAGCUAAGGCUGAGGAUACAAAAGAAAAACUACAAAAGAAAAUACUGGAACUUGAGUGCCUUCUGGCUAAUUCAAAUAAGAAGGUUAAAGAGCUCGAGGAAUUUUCAGAAUCCAAAUUUUUGCGAUGGAAAAGAAAAGAACAAGGUUACAGGCACUUCAUUGAUUCUCAAUCUGGAUCCAUACGGGAACUAAGAUCAUCAUCUCAGUCCAUAAAGCAAGAGGUCUCAAAGAUCAGGGAUUUCUAUGCUGAAGAGUUUUAUCGUUUUGGUCUGAAUCUCAAAGGCUUGAUCGACGCUGCACAAAAUUAUCAUAGCGUGCUUGAAGAAAAUCGUAAAUUAUAUAAUGAGGUCCAAGAUUUGAAAGGAAACAUAAGAGUUUAUUGUCGUAUAAGGCCAUUCCUCUCGGGACAAAGUGGAAAACAAACAACCAUGCAGUAUAUCGGUGAGAAUGGAGAAUUGGUUGUUAUGAACCCCUCAAAACCAGGAAAAGAUAAUCACCGUCUUUUCAAAUUCAACAAGGUCUUUAAUCCUUCAGCCACCCAAGAGGACGUUUUCCGAGACACUCAGCCAUUGAUCAGGUCCGUCCUUGACGGGUAUAACGUCUGCAUAUUUGCUUAUGGUCAAACUGGUUCAGGGAAAACUUACACAAUGACUGGACCGGAUGUGUCAUCAGUUGUGAACUGGGGAGUCAACUAUAGAGCACUGAACGAUCUCUUCAACAUCUCUCAGACAAGACAGAGCUCCAUUGAGUAUGAGAUUUGUGUCCAAAUGGUUGAGAUAUAUAAUGAACAAGUGCGAGACUUACUCUGCAAUGGCAGUUCUCAGAAGAGAUAUCCUUUUAAAUUCUCUGUUAUUGUUAUUUCCCAACCAAAUGGGUUAGCUGUGCCUGAUGCUAGCUUGCACCCUGUUAAAUCAACAACCGAUGUAUUAGAGCUGAUGAAUGUUGGAUUAAUGAAUCGGGCUGUAGGUGCCACUGCUCUGAAUGAAAGAAGUAGUCGAUCCCACAGUAUCCUUACUGUUCACGUCCGCGGCUUGGAUUUGGAGACAAAUUCUGUUUUACGUGGCUGUCUUCAUUUAGUUGAUCUGGCUGGAAGUGAAAGAGUCGACCGAUCUGAAGCAACAGGCGAUAGAUUGCGUGAAGCACAGCAUAUAAACAAAUCUCUGUCGGCUUUGGGUGAUGUGAUUUUUGCUCUGGCUCAGAAAAGUGCCCACGUUCCUUACAGAAAUAGUAAAUUGACUCAAGUUCUUCAGAGUUCUUUAGGUGGCCAAGCAAAAACUCUCAUGUUUGUACAGCUCAAUCCGGAUGUAGAGUCAUUCUCAGAGACUAUAAGUACCUUGAAGUUUGCAGAGAGAGUUUCUGGUGUUGAGUUGGGUGCCGCCCGAAGUAACAAGGAGGGUAGGGGUGUCAGGGAACUCAUGGAACAGGUAGCUUCCCUAAAAGACACUGUUGCCAAGAAGGAUGAAGAGAUCGACAGGUUACGGUCCCACAAAAUUAACGGGAGCACCGAACGACUCUCUUGUCUGAGCUCAACAGUGCAUGGAUCAUCUGCCUCCCCAAGAAGGCAUUCCAUAGGCGGGGUCCGGCCAAACCAGAGGCCCUCAGCCGGGAAAGUGCCCUCCGAUUUGGACAACAGCUCUGAGUAUAGUGACAAACACUCUGAGGCCGGGUCCCAGCAGUCGAUGGAUGAUUUUAGGCACCACAAGGACUUCUUCCGACAGUCGAGACUUGCUGCUGCCGUGGGUGGCGAGAAGUUUCCGGAGGGCAAUGGUUUGAAGUCGGAAGUUGUGGGCCAAAAUGGUCCAGAUGAGGAUGUUGAGCUUUUGGGGCUUGGAGAUGGUGAUUCGGACGAGAGGCUGAGUGAUAUUUCAGAUGGAGUUCUUUCUAUGGGGACGGAGACUGAAGGCUCUAUUAACAGUAUUGUGGAGUAUACGCUUUUCCCGGAGACUGCCAAGCCACCUCCAGAGUUAAUUGAAAAGCCUGAUGUGCCAGCUAAAAUUCCAAGACCACCAAAGCAGGGUCAAGCGUCAUCUUCUCGGCCGUCUAUGAGCAAAAGCGCCUCUAAAAUUCCACAUUCGAAAAAGGCCACAGCUAGCAGCAGUUCUUCUGCAAUUAAACCUUCCAAAAGGUGGCAGUAA